GCAACGAUUGCCCGCGUGCCCCAAGAGUGCUUUCGACCAAGAGGACAGGAGGUUCCCCAAGUCACGAGCUUGCCUGGCGACGUCGUCGAUUUGUCGGAACUCUGUAGAUCAAUAUAUUUCUUCGAAAAUGAGAUUGAACACUGUUUCCGACAAGAGGACACUGGGACGCACCGCUUCUAUCCAGUGUACGAUUGCGAGUUAACCUGCUGCCUCGAGGACAACACUCUGCAUCAAUCAUUGUAUAAAACUUCAGCAAUACAAGGUCUUCGAUGCGGCGUCAAAAAUAAGUUUUGCGUCAACGGCGUUUGUUAUAACCGUGAAGAUUGGAUCCACGAGCACCUUCCUAAUGGCUCCCUCGACAUCCAUCCGUACGUUCCACCCAGGAAACCCUUUUAA